AUGGGAAGAACAUCAUCAUGUUGUUCCAAUGGAGGCUUACACAAAGGGCCAUGGACAGCAAGAGAAGAUGCAUUGCUUGUCAACUACAUUCAACAACAUGGUGAAGGCCAUUGGAGAUCUUUGCCAAAGAAAGCUGGUCUACUUCGAUGUGGAAAGAGUUGUCGACUGAGAUGGAUGAACUAUCUCCGACCCGACAUUAAACGCGGCAACAUCACCGCCGAUGAGGAUGACCUCAUUAUAAAACUCCACUCCCUCCUCGGCAACCGUUGGUCUCUCAUUGCCGGUAGGCUCCCAGGCCGAACGGACAACGAGAUCAAAAACUACUGGAACUCCCAUCUUAGCAAGAGGCUGGCUGUAACAGCAACAGAAAACACAAGAAAUCAAGCAAGGAAGGAGAGGAUUACAAUCCCUUCAAACUCCGAAAAUGGAGAGUCGUCAAAGACAACAAAACCGACCCGAGUUUCAUCGUUUUGCGACGAGGAUAACUCGAGCAGUGGCGUGGCAAGUGCGCUUCCAUUGUCGUCGGGAAAUCCUGGAGGAGGAGGCGGCGGGGGCGGAGCCGAGAUUGAAUUGGCGGCGAAGGGAGAAGAAGAGAAGAUAGAAAGUGGAGAUCUUUUUGGUGGGUGUGAGAUUUUGUAUGGAGGGUCAUGGAAUUGUUCUGCCAAUGGUGAGAUGAUUGAUGAGGUUGAAGAUGAUUCUUAUCAGCAACUAUUCAACCUCCAAGGAGAAGACUACAUUCAAUUAGACUCCUUCAUUGAUUACUUCUUAAUCUGA